AUGAAUCAUGUGAAUUUGUGUGACUACGGGAAAGCAAAGGUUUACCUGUGGAAAACCGAAAAAACAAGCGAAAAAUUAUUUCAUGAAAUUUCGAAUAAGAUAAGAAGUUUGUAUGAAAAAAUAAACUACGAUGAUUUAUUUCAUCAUUUAUAUAAUUAUAUAAAAUACAUUAACGGAAGUAACAAUGAAUUGUUUUUACGAUAUGAAAUGCCUGUAUGUGGGUGUUCAAUAAAUAAAAACAUACAACAAGAGGAUUAUUAUUUUUUUAAUAUAUUUAAAAAUGCAAAUUAUGUAAAGAGGAAUGGUAAUCUUUCCAUUCGUUAUAUCGAUUUGACAGAUAAAAAUGUCAAAGUAGACAAGGUUAAUUUUUUUUCAAAUGUCUUUAUGUCAAUAGGAGUUCAUGAGUUACAUGAAGGGGAUCUACUCCCGGGGAAGGCCGAGCCCUUGGCAAAAAGGGUACAUAGAAAGAAUAAACGGGAGAAAGAACUAGCACACAGGGGAGGGGGUAGAAGUGGGGAAAAGGAAGCGAUCAAGAAUAACGAGAAUGCCAACAUCAAUAGUAACGAGAAUGACGGAAUGAACAAUGACGAGGAUGACGUGAUGACUAAUGACCACAGUGAGUGCUUUGCCCACAUGAGUGACAAGAUAAUAAACUUGUUAAACUCGUACAAUAAUAUAUAUUUCAGCAACAGCUGUGUGUUUAUACAACGCGUAUUAGUCAUUCCGUCUUCCGACAAAUACAAUGAUUUGAUUAUGUCAAAAAUAAUGGAAAUGAACGAGAAUUUCCUGUACACGAAUAGAGGCGGUGGCAUGAAUCGAAGUAGUAACAACACGUUUGUCAAUGUACCGAGGGGUGGUUCGAACCCGGUAAAGGGGAUCGAAGAGGCGAAGAAGGUGAAGGGAUAUAAGAUAGAAGAACAUGCGACAAGGGGGUAUAAGGAAGUGGAGUAUACGGCAAAAGGGCAUACAGCAGAGGAUCACACGGAGGACCAUAUAUCUAAUAUGGAGGAUGAUUUCCCUUUGAAGGGGAAUUUGUCAAUUUUGAAGAAAUCGCCAUACUACGAAGCGGAAAGCAUGUCAGUAUUUCGAAACAUGGAUUCUGGUUGUCCUUCCAAGGAUUGGAAUGCCAAUGAUAUGGAGACCAUCAAUGAGAAGUAUGAUGGGAGGAGGAAGAACAGAAGGAAUCUAAACAACAGUGAGAAUGAUAAAAGGAACAAGGAGUGCAAUAAAAAUAUGGAGAGUAUUAGGAGUAUUCAUAGUUUUAAAUUGAACAAGAAGUAUCCAUCAAAUUUUUUAAGGAUGUUUGAUACAAAUAUUUCUAAGAACUAUAAUUUCGUUAAUGCAAAUAUGUAUGGGAGGGAUAUGAUUUCAUCGGAUGAAUGCAUUUUUGAUUAUUCACUUAGACGGAGUAGUGUCAAAAAUAGUAAAGAUGAAUAUAAUAAUAAUGCUUAUUUUCGUAAUCAUAAUAGAAUGUACAUGAGUAAUCUAAACUCAGCAGACUGUACGUCUAAUUCAGAUGCAAAUGAUAAAGGGAAAAAACAAUCCAUCGAGCAUUUCUCUUUUAUAUGUAAUAAUUUCCAUAAUUUUAAAAUCAUCGUUUUUUUACCAUCCAUAGAAAAACAUUUCAACAUUCAAUAUAAUAAAUUUUUUCAAGCAAUUAUUUUAAAUGUGUUUUACAUCUUUAUCUUCUUUCUAUACGAUCUGUUAACUAAGGAAAGUAUAUGGAAAUACAUGAACACACUAAUUGAAAAUAUGAAUUAUCAUCAAAUCGUUAGGAGUACCAAGGUGGGCAGUGAAAGUAUACUUGAAGAGAGGAAAAAAAAGGCGCAUUAUUAUAAUAGAAAUAAUAAAUUAGAAAAAAAGACAAAAUUAGGUAGGGGUAAUAGGUUAGGUCUUCCAUACAGACUAGGUGCACCAGUAGAUCGACAUAAAAGAACAGGAGUGAAUCAUCAUUUUUUGGUCGAUGAGGACGAGGAGAGAUACUCACUUAUUGAGGAAAAGACUUUUCAGUUGAACAAGAGUUACAGUAAUAAAGAUAUAACAACGAAAUUAAGUUCAAAUGAACGUAAAAAUAGUUUUGAUAACAAUAUAUAUAUAAAUAUAAAAAAAUAUUACAACGAUGUGAAGACAAGCAUAUUAAAUAGAACAAGUCAAAUUGCUUCCAGGGAAGACGGCAUAUUGCAUGAGGGUAUUUACAAAACUUCGAAAUGCAGCACGUAUGAGGAGGGGAACAAUCUUCGGAAGAGCAGCAACUACCGGGGGGAUCAGGCCAUCGCUGAUGAGGGCAGGUAUGCGGGGGAUGAUGAUAACAAACGUUACAACUGCCGCACAGGGUGCGGUGGUGAUGAUGAAGUGGAGGGGGUGGAAUGGAAGGCGGAAUGGAAGGAGGAAUGGAAGGAGGAAUGGAAGGUGGAAGAGGAGGAGAAAGAGAAAGAGAAAGAAGAAGCGAAAGAGGAAGCGACAGAGGAAGAAAAAUUAGAAUACAACAAGGAUGAUGAAAAAUAUAACAUUGGCGUAGCAGGAUCCUCUGGGGGGGAAAUGGACGAGACGGACGAGACAGACGAGAUGGACGAGAUGGACGAGAUGGACGAGAUGGACGAGAUGGACGAGAUGGUCGAGAUGGACGAGAUGGACGAGAUGGUCGAGAUGGACGAGAUGGUCGAGAUGGACUAUGACGAGGAAGAGUCAGACCAAGAGGACGAUGCAGAUAACAGCUCGGGGAAAAAGUAUGAAAGAGGAACAUUGGUAGAAGCGGAAAAGGAAGAGGGAAGAAGAAGGGGCAGUAAGAGGAGUAGCCAGAGCGGUAGCAAGAGGAAUAAUAAGAAGAAUAGCAAAGUGAAAAGGAGGAACAACGAAAGGAACAGUGAGGGGGAGGAAUUUUCAAGGGGUCCACUUUCGGGGGAGGGGGUGGAUGGAAAAACGAGGAGAAGGAGAAGAGUGUCGGAGGUAAAGAACUAUGCAUGUCGAACAAAAAAAAAAGAAGGAGAUAUAUAUUUGCUUUUGGGUAGUCCUCUUGAUUCUCUGGAAAUAUAUAUGGAUUGUUAUGAAAUAAGUAAGAUGCAAGAGGAUUAUAUAUAUGAAGGAAACAUUAUAUUUUGCAUUAUUUUGUCUAUAUAUUUAUAUAUAGUCCAGAAUUGGGGGCACUUCUGUAAAUUGAACAAUAAUGAGAAUUAUCCUUUCAAAUUUCCAGAAAUAAUAGAUAAUGUAUUGUUACAAACAUAUGAUAAGUUAUUACCAAGUAAAUAUAGUAACUAUACAAAUUUUUUUUUCGAUACGUCAUAUAGUGGUUCAACAAAGGAGAAACUGUACAAUAAUUAUCAUCAUAAUUUUCAUUUUUCAUUGUAUAAUACGGAAUUAAAUAAUGAUGGAACAGUAAGUGUAAGUAAAAAUAUUCAUUCCUUUAUACAUUUAUUAAAUUAUAGUGAAAGAGGAGAAGAAGAUUUACCUCUAGGUGAAAAUAGUAAAGACUGUUACUACUAUUUUUUUAAUGUGCUUAUAAAACCUCAUAAUAUAUUAUUAUAUCUAAUUAGUUUUAUAGAAUACAAACUGAACGAAGUCCUAUCAACCAUACAAGCAGCUGCAAUAGCAUCGACAUUAGAACCAUCAUACAUGACUGUAACUACGUCCGUUAGUAUUACUUCUACCUCUUCAUCUGCAUAUGUACAAGAGCAUUUUUGCGAUUAUUUGCUCUGUUAUUUGAAAUAUUUAUUAAUGAUAAAGAGAAAAAAUCUUAUAUUUCAUAUUACUAGCAAAUAUUCACAUGUAAUAGAAAGGUUAAAUCAUCAUUUAUAUAUAAAAUUUUAUCUUGAAUUAUCACUUGUAUAUAAAUAUAUUGGUGCCUUCAGAAAAUUUUCUUUUACCAUUUACAUUCUAUGUCUAUGCUUUUUUGUUAUUAAGAAAUAUUAUGUAUCUUAUUUUCUUCUAAAUAAUGUUUUACCCUUUUUUAAUUUACCACGAAUACAUCUAAACUUUAAUUAUAAAAAGGAAUCAGAGGACGGAGAGAUAGGAAAAAAUCAGAAUAAUAGAAAUACCAUGGUCAGUGAUAUUAUAACAUCUCCUCCACUGGAAGAUAAUCUAUCCAUUUUUUAUUCUUACAUGAACAGUGUAUUUGCUACCAGAGAGGACAAAAUGAACGUCCCUAUCCACUGGUUGAGGAAAGCCGAAGAGGCAAAAGACAAACUUGAAGCAGCUUCUAGAGAUGGACCAAACGGAGUACAAAAAAACAAUCGUUCGAAUAGUGCACUACGCGGCAUAUGUGGAAGUAAUCGAAGAAGUAACAGCGUGAAUGAACCUUUUCCAUUCGGGGGUAACGUGAACAAUGAUGAUAGGAUGCACAGCGGUGGGCGCACAGGGGGAAUACCAAAGGAUAGCACACCUAAAGGGGGGGUAUACCCAAAGGAAAUAGACUAUGCAGAAGAGAAGUCAAAGUCAAAUUUAAGCCGAUCUCACUCGAGCAGCAUCGUGGAAGGGGAGCAGGGACGAACACGCAGCCCGAGUACCAUGGAGGUAGACGGGGAAGGCAGAAAAGACAGGAAAGACAAGAUAGACAAGAUAGACAAGAAAGACAAGAAAGACAAGAUAGACAAGAAAGACAAGAUAGACAAGAUAGACAAGAUAGACAAGAUAGACAAGAAUGACAAGAUAGACAAGAAAGAUAAGAAAGAUAAGAAAGACAAGAUAGACACACGAAUAACACAACCCUUACAAUGUGGCUAUGCUAAGUGCCCCACUGAAGGUCGGGGGAAAGACUUGUACAUGUACAGGAUGCUAAAGAAUUUGUCCAAAUGCUCGUACUCGUAUAGUCUGAAGAGGCUGUUAGAUUUCUGCUCGCGAGAAAUAAACAGUAAAAGCAUUCUACAUCUGAACAAACAUGUGGGUAAACUACAGAUUUAUAAAAAAAAUAAAAAAAAAAGCAAUCCUUCCUUACAGUAUGCAAUUCUUUGUUUUUUAAUUUCAGUGUUGAACGAAAUAAAUUUUGAAGAAGAAUAUGUUUUCUCGAAUUUGUUAAUGUUAUUAUUUUUGAAUAAAUAUUUAUCAAAAGAAAAGCAGAAAGAAAUACUGUACACUAUAUAUGAAACAUUAAGUAAAAAAAAAAAGUAUAUAUCUUUUCCUCCAUUUAUUACAUUAAUAAUAGAUGAGAAAAGAAAAAAAAAAAAUCGAAAUUAUUUGAAUAAAUUAGAUCAAAGAGGAGACAAACAGUUCAACGAUAUGAUAUGGGAUUUCUCUUCCUCUGAUUCGUUAUCUACACACUCAUAUGAUAUUUCAUCCUCUGUUUCGUCUACAUCAUCCGAUGUAUUAGUACCCUUGUCACAUAUGGACUCUCGAAAGAAGUCAUUAAAUGAAGAACGUAUAGCUAAACAGAAGAUGUUGUUUAGAAAAAGGAAGGAAGAUUUUGAAAAAGAAAAUAAAUUGCACUUUUUGUGUGGAUUCACAGAAGGAAGGUGUUCCUCAUUACCAGUGUUAGUGAACAUCGCUUAUGCUAACGUGAGUCAUAACGAUGAAAAGGUAUUCAAGAAGGUUGAACCAACAAAUGGGGGAGAGGAAGGAGUGGGUGUGAGGGAGGAAGAGAACGAGAAUGGGAUUGAUCAGGAAGAUAAGCACGGUGAUGGAAAUCAUCGUAGCAAUCAUUAUGAUAAUCAGGACGAGCUAACCCCGAACAGGUACAAAGAUGUUUUCAAGUAUAACCCAUUUAACGAAAAAGAGAAAAAUAUAAGAAUUCAAAAUAUGUGUGCUGUGAAUGAAAUAAAGAAUGUCGUUGUAACGCUAAAAAACAUCUUAUCAGUUAAUCUAGUUUUAAAUAAUGUAACUAUAAUAUCGUCAGGGGUAGCUAUCGAAAAUUAUCCAACAAGUAUAAUACUUUUAGCAAAAAAAAAAAAUCGUUUAACCAACGUGCAACUAGCUUUUAAACCAAAAGAAACCGGGAUGCUCUUCCUUCUUGGCAUUUCAUACUGCAUCAGCUACUUACAUUUUGACCAGUACCUUUUGUACGAUACCUCCAUUUUGCGUAAAUUUUUUAUGGAUCAAGAUUUUUUUCGGCACUACGGAAAAGGGGAUUUCCAGGGGGAGAUGGAAAAAUGCCCUGACCAUGUUCAGGACGGAUCAAUGGCGGGAGGAGGACUUCCCGAAGUGAGCGAGGUAAUAGGGGAGAAGAAUGACCCGGAGAAGGGCACCACCAAUAACGCUUCUAAUUAUGCUUAUAAUAAUGCUUCUAUUUAUGCUUCUAUUUACGCUUCUAAUUACGCAUCUAAUUACGCAUCUAAUUACGCAUCUAAUUACGUAUCUAAUUACGAAUCUAAUUACGAAUCUAAUUACGCAUCUAAUUACGCUUCGAGUAUCGCUCCGGGUAGCGGCGCGCGUGAGGCCAAGCAGUACCCUCCCUAUUCAAAUGGUCAAUGUGAGGGUGAGCAGGGAAAAGGAAAUUCAGACCACGGUGCAAGUAAAAGAACGCUGCAGAACAAAAUAAAAUUGUUGAAUUACGUUUUCAAGUUGUCCAACAUAUGUUCAGUAUUUGUUAUAGACAAUUAUUUUGCCCUGAAAUCAGAGAUAAAACUUUUUAAUUUUAGUAAGUACAUCGACAUUGAGCCUUUGCUUAAUGACAAAUCGUAUUUGAAAAAGUUUUGUGUAACUUCUAUGGGAGUGAACGAGGCGGAGUGUAGAGCGAAAGGUAGAGAUGGGAGCAGUGAUAAGUGUAUAAGUGGAAGUAGUGACAACUGCAGAGAUGGGGGUAGCAUGAUAAGCGGAGUGAAGGGCGAACGAGAAGCUUCCCAAAAAGACAGUGAAGAAGAAACAUGGAUCAACAAACAGAGCAAUGAGGGGAAAAGGAAUCAACAUGAUAAGAGUGCAGAUAAUAUGUGUGGUAGUGACAGAAUCCUAGGAAAAAAUCAUACGAAUUGUGAGAACCAUGUAAGAAAUGUAUGCAAUGUGAACGAUGCACGCAAUGUGAGUAGCUGUGUUGAUAAAGUAAGCUAUGAGGGUACUAAUGAAGCGGUGAAAGGGGGGGAACCGAAGUCCCUUUGGAUGAGUGAAAGAAAAAGAGAUAAAGAGAAGAGCCCCCCUUUAAAUUAUGCUUUUCAGAAAGGUCGUACUCACUAUAAAAGAGAGUUCUUUAUAAAUGAAAAUGCUCAGGAGUUGUCGGAACCCCUUUCCCCCUCAGCAUUGUCAUCCAAGUCAACCUUAUCCUUAUCCAUCUCAUCGACACUAGAAUCGCCGAUAUCGUCAGAUGCACCAUCAGAAAUAGCAUCUCUGUUACCAGCUGAGUCUUUUUCUUGUGUAACGGACGAGAGGAUGAUCCAAGGAGGAUCAUUAAAAAAUGGACAGUUACAGAAGGAGCCAUUCGUGAAUGUGGAUAAACCGGACGGGUAUUACUACGAUAUGAAGGGGAAGCAAAAGGGUAAAAGUACAGGUAAAAGUACAGGUAAGAGUACAGGUAAGAGUACAGGUAAGAGUACAGGUAAGAGUGAAUAUAAAAGUAGGAGUAACUGUAAAAGAAAGAACAAUGACAAAGGAGGUGGCAUAAACAAUGGAAGGAGUUGUUCCAGUGUUAAGGAAAUUAGGGAUGACGUGAAUGAUAACCACUAUUUUUCCAGUGAUGUACGAUAUUCCGAGUUAUUAGAAGGAGAAAUAAAAUUCUUAUGUCUAAUUUUAGAAAAUGUAAGUAAUGUAAACAUAAAUUAUGUAAACAUUAAAGUGGUGUAUAGGAACAGAGAACUGGGAGAUUAUUUUAUAAAAUUUUAUUUUGACAAAUCGUUUUAUAUAAAAAAUAAAUACGAAAAUAGCAAGGAACAUAUCGUAAAGGUAGCUGAAGGAGAUACAUUAAAGGUUAUGAAGAAUUGCUCUCUUUAUAUUCCUAUAAGGUGUAUAGGAUCAAUUUUAAUAAAUGAGUGUGAUGUUAAUAUUAUUUAUUCGACUUACAAGAAUAGUCUUUAUUACUCUGUGCAAAAGUUGAAUCUAAAAAUGAAUGUUCGUAGAAAUAUAAUAAUUGAGCAUAUGUAUUACUUUCCAUAUGUUAGUUUUAAUUAUAGGGAUAUACUUAACCAGCUGUUGAACACCAACUAUUACAGCUCAGACGCCUUUCGCAGGUUGGCCAUGGUUAAGGGGGUAAGCGAUGACAUAAGUGGUAGCGGGGGUGCGACUACUUCUGCUGCUGCUGCUGCUGCUGCUACUGCUACUGCUGCUACCGCUGCUACUGCUACCGCUGCUACUGCUACCGCUGCUACUGCUACCACUGCUACUGCUACCACUGCUACUGCUACCACUGCUACCGCUACUACCGCUACUACUACCGCUGCUACUGCUUCAUCCCCUUUUGCUAAUAACAGUGAACAGGCAAUAUACGAUAUAAGCUACCUAAGAGGAAGAAGCCUUGAGUAUAAAGAUAUCAAUAUAGAGAACUACUUUGAAACGGAUAAGGCACGCAAGGACAGUGCCGCUGGUGCUAGGUGUUACCCUGAGAAGCGUUACACAGAUAAGGCAAGAUUAAGUUCAGCAAGUAGGAGGAGAAGCACUCAUAGUAAUGCAAACAGUGCUAGGUGUGUUACCAUGGGGAGUGAACUUGUGGGUAUAUACAAGCUCCUGAGUAACACUAGCAAAUUUGACGUGUCCGAUAACUUCAGAAUGAUUGAAAAAUUGUAUGAGUAUAAUGAAAACCUAAACAUAUGUACGGAUCACAAAUACAUAUUCCUCGAAUUGUACAUAAAAAAUUAUAGUGGUUAUGUUAAUUAUUGUAAAACGAAAAAAUUAAAAAGACGACCAAUGUGUAUUGUUGAUAAGGAAAAUAAUUCAAGUAAGUGGGUUUUAUGGUUUAAAAGAAUAAAAAGAAAAAAAAAUAUAGUUUUUAAAAAUGAAGAAGAAAUAAUAAAGUACUUCUUACAAUAUCUUGAUAUAUAUGUUUAUUUGACUUAUUCCAGACAUAAAAAGGUAGGAAUCUUAAGUGUAUACAGUUCUUACUUGAAUAGUAUACAUAUACACAAAAAAAAAAUAAGCGAUUUUUUUUUUAAUCUUAAAAAGGACAAUAAGUCACACGAGAAGGAGGCACACGAUACUAAUGAUGAAGUAGACAAACAACAAUAUGAUGAAUAUAAUGAGGAAAAUAAAAUUUCACGUUCUUUGUAUGCGAAUGAUAAAAAGAAAUACAAAAGAAAUAGAUCUCCUCGAUUUCGUAAUCACUACAAGAGAGAAACAUUUUUUUGCUCCAAUACAUUGAAUUUCCCAACAAGUUUUCUAAACAAUGAAGAUAAAAAGAGGACCUGUGAGCAAAGAACACUAGGAGGGAAGCAGGAUGAGGUUCUGGAAAACAAGAGCAACGCAUCGUCCAGGAAUUUCACCAUAGGACAUAUUGGGGCAUAUUUGAAAAGGAGCCACUGGGGGAGUGAUGAUGAAGAGGAGCAAAAUAGCGAUGAAGACGAAGACUACAAUGAUCAUUACGAUCGUUGUGAUGAUCGUUGUGAUGAUCGUUGUGAUGAUCGUUGUGAUGAUCGUUGUGAUGAUCGUUGUGAUGAUCGAAGUGAUGAGUACCAAGGUGAUAACCAUGAUGACCAGCCUGAUGGAACGUACAAAGAGUCGCAUCCCUUGCAACCAAGUAUGAACAAAUUAUUCCAGAAAAACAUCGUAAAUGAUAUGUUUUACCCAUACGUACUACUACGACCGAAGUUCUAUAACUGCAAAAAGAGAAAUAGUGUUAUAAUACCCAAGUGCUCAAAAACGUUGGACUUUUCGAAUUUAAAAAAAAUUGGAAUAAAAAAGAAAUACUUUGAAUCCAAUGUUAAUGAUUUUUUUUUUGUUAAAAUCUCGAUAAAGAAUUUAUCUUCUAUUGACUUAGGCGAAUAUACUCUUUUAAUCUUCCCUUCUAACUUAAAUUGUAUAAAAAUUAUUGGAAAAUUAGAUAAGCAUGGCUUUUUAGGGGAGCAAACUGUUCCGUUAUGUCCUUUGAACAAACACAAUAAAGCAAAAUAUAGAAAAAAAGACUCCUACCUUUUGCACUCCUUUAAGGUCUAUUCAAUGUUUCCAGGAAAGGUAUUCUUUUAUAUAUCCAUAUAUUUCCACGCCAUCCACACACUGUUAUUUCAUCAUGAGCCAGUACUGGUAACUAUAGUUUAG